GCCGGCACAAGAUGGGCGAUAGCAGCGAUCAGGUUCUUGCAAAGCCAGCCGACCUCUGCUGCUUGAAGGGAUCUUUCUACUCGGGAGAGCCGCAAGGAAAGACCGAGCAGAUAGAUGGCAUAGAUACCUAUAUUGCUACACCCGAUCCGAAGAUUGCCAAUGGCAAUGUCUUACUGUAUUUCCCUGAUGCCUUUGGCUUGCAUACAAACAGUCACCUCUUGAUGGACGCUUACGCCUCUUGCGGUUACUUGACCUUGGGUGUCGACUAUUUCCUUGGCGAUGCUGUAUCGAAGUACACCAUGACACCACUCAAUGACCCGAGCUUCGACCUCAAAGCUUGGAGUGUGAAACAUCUCAAAUCUUCCGAGGAAGUCGCUUCGAAAUGGGUUACAAACGUGAUGAACAAGUACGGAAAGUCAAAAGCUUCAAAAUUCGCAUGCGUUGGUUACUGGUCAGUAUCACACCCCAAUCGUCUGGUAGUUUGCACUCCUAAGUUCGAGAAAACAGCUNGGGGUGCACGUAUCGUUUGUCAACAACUCUCAAAGAAUGGCAUUUGUGAGGUGGGAGCAAUGGCUCACCCAUCCUUCACGAAUGAGAGCCACGUCUCUGGUGUUGAUGGUGUCACGGACUCGUUGUUCCAGCCCGAGCAACGUGCCCGGACAGUCGAAAUCCUGACGCAGCGCGAGAAGCGCUUCAACAUGCAAAUAUACUCCGGUGUGAGCCACGGCUUUGCGGCAAUCUCUCUGACUCUUAUGAACGAUGGGCCAAGGAGCAAUGUUUUAGAAGCUUUGUCGACUGGUUGGACUACUGGCUGUCAAGUACAUGAAACCGUCAGCGCGGUCAAGCAACGUUCCACGAAAAAGCAGAAAUUGGAUGAUGCGAUCUAUAUGGGAAGCAGCUCAGCAUUAAUGAAUCUC